CUCUUUUCUCCAGUUUUAUCAGAAAGAAUAAUCUAGUACUAAUGGCUUCUCAGAUCAUUGAAGAUGAUCAGAUAUUGAGGCAACGAAACGAAGAGUUGGAAACAGAACUGAACAAGAGUUUGAUGAGAGAAGAGAAAAUGAAACGACAACUUGAGAAAGCUACACAGAAACUCUAUGUAGUUGAAGUAGCAGAGGAAAGACUGUGUUCAGAGCUUGGUGAUUUAGAAGCUGAAGCUUUGGAGUAUGUACGUUCGUAUGAAGCUCAGAUACAGUCUUUGAAUGAACAACUUUCUAAAGCUCAAUCUCUUCUUCAAAUGCCAUGAUAAUAUUACACGACCAAGCAAUAAUAUUGUUUUCCGGAUCUGUAUGGACCCUACGUUAAUCCAUGUCCACAUGCUCUAUAUUUUGUGGCGGAGAAAAAACAAAAGAAAAAGAAUUCUUGGAAUUGUGGUACAAGGCAAAUGAUGUUUGUUGGUUUUGGAUGUGGAAUUAGAGACACGGAAAGAUUUAGAGGAGAAAUUAAGGGGUUUUGGUUUUGGGAGUAUGUCUCUAAUUUGCAUUUCUUAAAAACCAAAAAUCUUAAGCUAAUACACUUGCUCAGUAAU